GACCCGGAAGUCUCUGCAGCUGCUGUUCCUGCAGGAGGACAACACGUUACUGCCGCUUUGUUAAACCAACAGAACCGGAACUGCAGCUGGACCGGGACUGGGAUGGACUCCCUCUCCUCCCAGGUUGUUGGGAUCAAGGUGGAGCCGGAGGGCGAUGUUGAGAUCGGGUGGUGCCCCCCCCUCAGGAAGCUGUCCGUCAGACUGACUGACUGCAGGCUGUGGCUUCGGGGGCGGGACUUCCUGUGGCUGGGUGAGAUAAUCUGAAGUGGUUCAGGUUUCCCCGUAGAUUGAGAACUCCACAGGUCCUCCAGGUUUCUUCUUGAUGAGUCUUUAGCAGAGUGUCUGAGAGGCAGCAGCUCCACAGCGCAGACCAUGGAUACUGAGGAGUGGGGGGGGUGCAGUCGAGUCUCUAUCGCUGCGACCCCCCCGAUGAACCCCCCACCCCGCAGCGGCGCAACUACACCAACACGGGCCGCAGGAUGCUGCAUUGCUCCGACUGUAACCGCGGUUUCUACAAGCCGUCACACCUGGAGGCACACCGCCGCUCACACCGGGGGGGCAGACCCAACGAGUGCUGGGUCUGCGGGAAGAUGUACCCCACCCUGCUGUCGCUGAUGCUGCACCAGCAGCUGCACGAGCGGCCGCAGCCGUACCGCUGCUCCUACUGCCCACGUAGCUUCGCCCUGAAGCGGGACUGGAAGACGCACCACCGCAUGCACUCCGCCACGCAGCCCUGCCGCUGCUGGUUCUGCGCCGAUGGCUUUGGCACGCAGGCGGAGCUGACGGAGCACCUGAAGCUGCACCGCGGCGAGAAGAGCUACAGCUGCAGGGACUGCGGCAAGAUGUUCGUGUCCUACCAGGGCUUCAACUUCCACUGCCGCUCGCACCUGCGCACGCAGCCGCUGCCCUGCCCCACCUGCAGCAAGAGCUUCAGCAACCCACAGAGCCUGAAGCUGCACCAGGCCACGCACUCCGCCAACAAGCCCCACCCCUGCCCCACCUGCGGGAAGGCCUUCAAGCUGCAGAGCGCCAUGCGGGCGCACGAGCGCACCCACCAUGCGCCACGCGACUACACCUGCUCCGACUGCGGCAAGAGCUUCUCCACCCUGCAGGGCCUGAAGCUGCACCACCGCACACACAGCGGGCUGCGGCCCUACGCCUGCUCCACCUGCGGGAAGGCCUUCACCCAGUCACCCCACCUGAAGGCCCACAUGGUAACGCACACCGGGGAGAAGCCCUUUCUCUGCACCUCCUGCGGGAAGAGGUUCACACAGUCUUCCCACCUGCGCUCGCACACCACCCUGUUCCACGUGGGGGAGAAACCCUUCAGCUGCGGCGACUGCGGCAAGAGCUUCACCAUCGCCCACUACCUUAAGAUGCACCGCCUCAGCCACACCAAGGAGAAGCUGUACCACUGCUCCUUCUGCCAGAAGUCCUUCUCCUACCAUAACUCGUGGCGCUCUCACGAGCGCACACACACUGGCGAGCGUCCAUUUGUGUGUGCGGAUUGUGGGCGGGGAUUUGUGACGUCGAGCAUGUUGCUGAGUCAUCGCCGCACGCAGCACACGGGUGAGAAGAGCCACUACUGCGUCACCUGCGGCGCAUUCUUCUACACCAGCACGCUGCUGCGUCUGCACCAGCUAGACCACAGCGGGGAGCGGCCGCACGGCUGCAGCUGCGGCAAGACGUUCAAGACCCGCGGCUCGCUGAGGCUACACCUCAAGAGGUUCCUGACCCACAGUGCCGCCUGAUGGUCCAGCUGCGUCACUGCUUAGGUGCUGAGACCCCAAAGUCUUAUGAUAGAGUGUAGAGUAGGGGUCUCCAGCUCAGAGACACUGCUGUGCUAAUUAGCAUUAUAGCCUAUAUGUGAAGCUAUUGUCCACAUAUAUUUGGACAGUUCUGGAGGUUAUUGAGGAUGCUGAGUCCAUUUCUGACAUCUUCAGGUUUUAAGAUGUCAGUUGGAACCACAAAGUGGGCACAUCUGUCCUCUGUGGACUGGUUCUGACCACCAUAAGUAGUGUUUGGACCACUGGAUAUAGAGACGAACAUUAUUAUCUCUACUGUGGACAAUUGUUUUUUCAAAUAAAUAGGCCAUCUGUCCGAUCCACAUGAUCCAGAGUCGCCUAAAUGUUCCAAAUCGACCCGUUUAUGAUGGAAAGCAGCCCAGAGAACAGAUGUGGCCUCUUUCUGGUUCAAACAAACAAACAAAGCCAUUUUUGAACAUCCUCACUAACCCCAAAACUUUCCAAAUCUGCCAAGACACUUAUUGUCCACAUCAACUAUUAUGCUAAUUAACUGAACUGCUAACCAUGCUAACUGUGCUAAAUGUGGUAAGUUAACUGCCCAACAUCUGCAGGUUAGCAUCGUUAGCUCUAUGUGCUGGAGACCCCUCCUCUACAUCUCUAUCGGGACUCAACAGGACUCUAUGGCAUACAGACUAUGAGGGAGGGGCUGAUGCUGUGUCCACAGAGCGUCUGGAGGACAGACAGCCUCUCUGUGGUCUAUCUACUGUCUAGCUCCUUUAUUUUAGUUUGACAUGUUCUUCUACCCCCCCCCCCCCCCCACACACACACACACACACACACACACCUCCUUCAGGUGUAGGGACAUGUCUCAAUGCUUUAAUGUUCAAAUAGUAGAGCAGCGAACACACAUCUCUCUCUCUCUGGAGCCAGCUGAUGAUGUCAUCACAAGCGGACGUCUCAUUGCUCUUAAAAUUCAAUAAAAGUAGAAAGUCAGAUAUUUCUGCGUUUUGUAACCUGCUCUGUGUUUACGUGUUUACAACAACACAAGGCAGAAGAGAGCGCUUACAAAAGGCUCCUUUUUAAAAUCUUCCAAAAGUAAUAAUUUAUUGUUUUAUUCAAUACAUCUCCAUAACUGUCAGCCGCAUCAAAUAUGAUUCAACAGAAGAUGUGUAGUUAUUUACCAAAUGCCUUGUUUUUAUGCUGCUGCAACGAUCAAAAAAGUUCAUCUUAUCUCAAAGAUUUAUUUCUGUAUUUUGUUAAAAGGUGCAAUAAAGACUUAUAUAAAUAAAAAAUAGACAUUC